UGUAGAGGUGGUCACCAGGGCAGAGCUUUCCAAAAGCGUCACAUCACAAACAUUCACUGCAAAAAUUGCCUUUAAAUGUUUCUGUCUAGCUUUCAGACCUUACCAUAAAUAUUCUAGAUUCUGAAAACCUUGACGUUAAUGCUACAUAACAGGUCAAAUUAUCUUGCACUUAAAUUUCAAGAACUAACGUGAGACCUGAAGGUUUUAUGCAUGCAGUGUGUAUUGUUUUCACUGACGACUGUAGAGAGGAUGAAAACUACCAGUGCAUACUUGGGAAAGAACCACCAUCAGGACCUCUGAGUGCACCAAUAAACACACCUCCAUGACAAUGUCUCCUACACCAGCUCUCUUGUGGUGGUCAGGUCUUUUUUCCCUCUUGGUCCUCCUUCCUCUGAUCCAGUCAUGUGAAAAAGGAACGGCGCGAGACUGUGCCGAAGCAGACUUCGCUCCCGGGUCCGACCUCGCUGGAGAAGGCUUUGACAUAACCAAGCUGCAGCGGAAAGGUUCUUUUGUCAUCGACAUGCAAAGAUGGAAACAGAAGGACAAAUCCUGUACUCUGUGCCAUAACCCUUACAUGGAGGGGAAGAAGCAGAAGCUCCCGGUUUCUGUGGUGGACUGGAGACCGAGCCAGAAGUGCAACAUGAAGGUGUCCAGCUCUGUCUACCAGUCCAGCGAGUCUGUGGUCAGCGCCAGCACCUCCUCUAUCGAGAAUAACUGGAACAUGAAUUUGGGAAUUGAUGUGAAGAGGGGAGAGGGGUCCCUCAUGUUGGCAGGCAGCAACUCCAAGUUGGCUGAGUAUUCGAUGGAGAAAACCAAAAAGGACAGGUUCAGUUUCACCAGUCACAGUAUUUCCUGUGGAUAUUACAGUUACAGGGUUUCUAACAGGCCAUUAAUUCAUCCUGAGUUUAAACAAGCCCUGAGCAAGCUACCCAAGCAGUACAAUCCUCAGUUCAAGUCACGCUUCUACAAGCUCAUAGACAACUUCGGCACUCACUACAUCACCAAGGUGACCCUGGGAGGGAAGGUCCACUCGGUGACCAGUAUCAGACAGUGCCAGACGUCCCUGCAGGGUCUGAGCGUGGACGAGGUGAAGACGUGUCUGGACGUGGAGGCGUCCGCCAGCGUGAUGGGGAAAUCGAAAACCGAUGUUAACAGCAAGCACUGUGACGAAGCCAAGGCCAAGACUGAGAAUAAAAACAGCUUCUCCAGUAACUUCAACGACCGAUUAACAGAGAUCUCAGGAGGCCACACCACGGAGCCCGAGCUCCUCUUCUCUGCAGAUAAAGACCCCGGUGCUUAUAAAGAGUGGCUCGCGUCCAUCCCGCUCUACCCAGAUGUGAUUUCGUACUCUCUUCAGCCUCUCCAUGAGAUUCUCCCCACCAACAACCCGACCCGAAAGCACCUGCGCAAAGCCAUUCACGACUUCAUCCUGGAGAAGUCUCUGUGGAGAAACUGCUCUGAGCCCUGUAGCGCCGGAAUCAAACCCAAUCCCAAAGAACCGUGUAUGUGUUCAUGCAGGAAUAACCCUGGCGUGACCCCUGACUGCUGCCCAUCCAAACGCGGCAUCGCUCGGGCCAAGGUGAUUGUACUACGGGCGUCAGGGUUAUGGGGAGACCACACGACCGCCACGGACGGUUAUGUCAAAGUUUAUGAAAAAAACAGCAUGUUGAUUGGACGCACGCCGGUGAUCUACAACAACAACGAUCCCCACUGGGCCAUGACCUUUGAUCUCGGUGAUAUCCCUCUGUCAAAUUACGACCCUUUAAAGCUGGAGGUGUGGGACGAGGACAACAAAUGGGAUGACGACCAGCUAGGGGCCUGCAGUGUCCCGCUGAAAGCGGGUGUUUCAGAGAAUUUCUGUAAUUUAAAUCAUGGCGUGCUUUAUUAUAAAAUAGAGGUGGUGUGUGCACCGAGUUUAGCGGGUCCGUCGUGCACAGAUUAUGUUGGAUCUCCUAUGAAUUUUAGUCUGGAGAAGGUAUACGUGUCCCGGCACUCUCGGCCCAUUCCACGGGACAUGCUGCAGGAAAUGGGCGUGAUUCUUGACGAAGCUCCAUUAACUGUUAAGCAGAUCAGAUACGAUCCUAAUAAAAGUGUCAUGCAGCUUCUGUAGCCAAGUUCAGCACUUUCUUAAAUCCAUUUAUGAUAUUUAUGGUUUAAACAGUUAUGCAGCAAACCCGACUGAAUCCAUGUACUCGUUAAAUCAGUGUGCAAAUCUGAUUAAAAGUGUUAUCGAUUAAAUAAGGAAUAAAACACGACGAGGUGGUGUGAAGUUGAUUAUUUUCCUAUAACAGCACAUCCCCAAGUGUUUUAUUCCUCUUGUUCGACAGCAAUUUGACAACAAUAACAAAUUUUUAUUUAUUGAAAAAAACAGACGUAGUUUUUUUUCGCUUUAAUAAUUUGUGGGAUGGCCGCUAAACAAGUAUUUCCUGUUCUCGCUUAUGUUAUAGCAGCUAUAAACAGUCAUUCUCUCACCAGCCUCUCUUUUUUUCUCUCUUGAAGUUAAUAAGACAAAAAAAAAGCAGCUUGUCAUAUUACCUAGAAACCACAGAGAAGUGCAAACUCCUCUGUCCUGAAGAUGUCAGAAAACUUAAAGUUACAGUUAAAGUUUCAAUAUUUGUGAAUCGUUGUUCAGUUUGAUUACAAUAAGGCUGUUCACAUAAAUAUAUUUAUAUUCAUAUGUAUCCAUUGAAUAUUGUGGUGAGCAUCAGCUUUUGAGUAUUAUAUAUGUAUUCAGCUUUGCAUGGAUUUUUAUUCCAGAGAAAUAAAGACUUAAUGAGCAUUAACCAAUUGUCAAAAACUGUAUGUGACUCUGAAUGAUCUGCAAUAAGGAUAUUCAGGUAGAAGGAGUCAGCUUUAUUGAUAUCUUGCACCAGAAUUCCUGCAUUGUGGUCCUGGAGCUUUGGAGUCAAGCAUUGAUUCUUAUAAUUGUUCUUAAAUUUUAGUAAAACCUCUUUAGGAUGAAAAAACUCGCUUAAGCAAAUAGUUGGAACCGUAACUGAACCCCUGCUUAAAAUAAUUAACUCCUCACUGAGCAAUGGGUACGUUCCAAAAUCACUUAAAUUAGCUGUUAUUAAACCACUAGUGAAGAAACCAGACCUUGACCCUAACAACUUAACUAACUAUAGGCCGAUUUCAAACCUUCCCUUUCUAUCUAAAAUAUUAGAGAAAGUAGUAGCGCAGCAGCUAAUUUCAUAUCUACAAAGUAAUAAUAUCUAUGAACUUUAUCAGUCAGGUUUCAGGCCCCACCACAGCACAGAGACAGCAUUAGUCAAAGUAGUCAAUGACUUGCUAUUAGCCUCUGAUCGGGGUUGCAUUAGUUUAUUAAUUUUACUCGACCUUAGCGCAGCGUUCGACACUAUCGACCAUAAUAUCCUUCUUCACAGACUGGAAAAGGUCG